AGCAGGCGGCGCCUGGCUAACUUGGUCCACUGUGCGCAGUCGCAGUAGGAACCGUUGCGAGAGAAUAAGGAAGCCAUCCUCAGUUGCUAUGAUUUUGUUUGUAGCUGUCGAUUCAUCAUGAAAAUAAAUGAAAACACAUUACUGGAGGGACACAGAGUGCUACUGGUUCCAUAUAAUGAAGAGCAUGUCCCCAGAUAUCAUGAGUGGAUGAAAUCUCCUGAGCUGCAGCAGCUGACUGCCUCAGAGCCGCUGAGCCUGCAGCAGGAGUACGACAUGCAGAAGAGCUGGAGGGAAGACGAUGACAAAUGCACAUUUAUUAUCUUGGACAAGCAGCGCUGGGUGGACCCAGGUGUCGACGAGGAGCAGUGCAUGGUGGGAGAUGUCAACAUCUUCCUGACCGACCCCUCAGAUCCAUUCUUGGCGGAGCUGGAGGUCAUGAUAGCAGAGCCCAGUUACAGAGGAAGAGGCAUCGGGAAGGAGGUGACUCGCAUGAUGAUGAGCUACGGAAUCACCAAACUCGGAGUCAAAAAGUUUCAAGCAAAAAUUGGUCUGGACAACCAAGUCAGCAUCUCCAUGUUCAAGAAGCUGCAGUUUCAGGAGGCGUCUGUGUGCAGCGUCUUCAAAGAGGCGACCCUCGAGCUGAUGGUGGACGACUCCGUUCGGACCAAGCUGCAGGAAGAUGUGGCUUACAUGAAGGAAAGGGACUACAAGCAAACAUGCAGCAGCAGACAUGAGCUGGUUCAGCAGUGAGGUGAUCUACCGUGAGCUCCAUCGUCCAACCAUUAUUUGUGAAACAGAAACACAGAGGCUUUACCUCCUUCCCUUGAGGAAGAGAGCUCUCGUUUUGGUCCCGAUUGCUCCCCGGCAACCUCAACAAAAUGCCUCCAUGUACUAAACAGGAAAAAUGACUCAAUUACCAGCUGCAAGCAUUUACAGCGUUCACCUGCGAGAUUCGACAGGAACAGCGGCCUAGAUGGAGAAGGCACUGCACAUGCUCCGACAAGCUUUGGCACGCGCACACACGUCUGACGACACUCCAGAGCAGCACAGACGUGUCCGCUUCACAUUUAGCUGAAGACCUCAAGGGCAGCCUCCGCUUCGAUUAAUGUAAAGUGCAAAACGCCGUCCACAGGGAGAUAUUUAGCUGAUGUAAAUAAAACAGGCCAUAUAAAGAUUUUGACAGUAA